AUGACUGACACCAUUGUGUUGUAUCCCUCUCCCGGAAUAGGCCACCUGAUUUCCAUGGUGGAGCUCGGGAAGCUCCUCCUCAAGCACCGCCCUUCAUUCUUCAUAACAAUUUUCGUCACCGCCGCUCCACACACCACCGGCGUAACCGCACCCUACAUAAACCACGUUGCUUCCACCACUUCUUCCAUCACUUUCCACCAACUUUCUACCGUCGAACUUCCUCCCACCUCCGCCAACAUCCCUUUUGAAGAACUUUUUUUCGAAAUACCACGCCUGAACAACCCUUACCUGCACGAAGCCCUUCAGAAUAUAUCCCAGAAAUCAAAUCUCGUAGCCUUCUUCAUAGAUUUCUUCUGUAACGCUGCUUAUGAAGUCUCUUCAAAACUUGGAAUCCCUACUUACUAUUUCUACACUUCAGGCGCUUCUGCACUUUGCGUUUUCUUACAUAUUCCAACUCUCCAUGAAACCAUUACAAAAAACAUCAAAGAUGUACAUGAUUAUAUUAAAACUCCAGGCACCCCACCAAUUUACUCUCAAGAUUUGCCAAAAGUUCUGUUUGAUCGUGAAAGUAGAAUAUACAAGCUGUUCUUAGAAACUGCUAUGCAGAAAGGAAAAUCGCCUGGGAUUUUGGUAAAUACUUUUGAAGCUCUUGAAUCAAGAGCAGUUAAAGCAUUAUCCGAUGGUUUAUGUAUUCCAAAUGCACCAACGCCGCCAGUAUAUUGCAUUGGACCUCUAAUUGCAAGCAAAGAUAAAGGCAUUAACAGUGAUGAACAUGAGUGUUUGAGUUGGUUAAAUUUACAGCCUAGUAAAAGUGUAGUUUUUCUGUGUUUUGGGAGUAUGGGAUCCUUCACGGCAGAGCAGCUGGUAGAAAUAGCGGCAGGGUUGGAAAAUAGCGGCCACCGGUUUCUUUGGGUGGUGCGUAAUCCACCCACGGAUGAUGAAACCAAGAAAAAUUCAGAACCAGACUUGGAUGCAUUGUUGCCACAAGGUUUCUUGGAAAGAACUAAGGAUAAAGGACUUGUCGUGAAGUCAUGGGCACCACAACUGGAGGUGUUGAAUCAUGACUCAGUAGGGGGAUUCGUGACUCACUGUGGAUGGAACUCAACUUUGGAAGCUAUUUGUGCAGGUGUGCCAAUGUUGGCAUGGCCACUCUAUGCAGAGCAAAGGAUGAAUAGGGUUUUCAUGGUGGAGGAAUUGAAGGUAGCGCUGGGUUUAACUGAUUCGGCCAACGGGUUCGUUACAGCAGCUGAGUUGGAUAAGCGAGUCGGAGAGUUGAUGGAGUCGGAAAACGGGAAAGCAGUGAAGGAUCAGGUUAUGGCUAUGAGAAAUUGCGCCAAGGCUGCAAUUCAAGAUGGCGGUUCAUCCCAUGUAGCCAUGGAAAAGCUCAUCGAGUCCUGGACGAAGGGCUAA